CCGACUCAGAAAAUACAAGAGAGCUUCACCCAACCGAUCAUCUCUUAACUUCACCAUGGGGAACUUCGUCGACUGCUGCCGAGGCUUCUGGUGCCCGACCAAAAACCCUAACGUCCGGAUCAGCCUGCCUGCGGUCUGCUUCGUGUGGCAGAUCGCCAUGAUCAUCUUGUUCGGAGUGUUUGUGCGUUACGAUGAAGAAUCAGAUGCGCACUGGGCCGAGCACAAACACGAGAAGAACAUCACGAGUGACAUCGAGAACGACUUCUACUUCAGAUACCCAAGUUUCCAGGACGUACAUGUGAUGAUCUUUGUGGGUUUCGGCUUUCUCAUGACUUUCCUGAAGCGCUACAGCUUCGGCGGGGUCGGAUUCAACUUCCUCAUCGCCGCCUUUGGCCUGCAGUGGGCUCUGCUCAUGCAGGGCUGGUUCCACUCUCUGGAUCCAGUUGAUGGCAAAAUCAAGAUCGGCAUUGAGAGUAUCAUCAAUGCCGACUUCUGUGUGGCGGGAUGUCUCAUUGCAUAUGGAGCUCUCCUGGGAAAAGUCAGUCCAGUGCAACUGAUGAUCCUGACACUAUUUGGCAUCACACUGUUUGCGGUUGAGGAAUACAUCAUUCUUGAUCUUCUCCAUGUUCGUGAUUCUGGUGGAUCCAUGGUCAUCCACACUUUUGGAGGCUACUUCGGUCUGACAAUAUCAUGGAUUCUGUAUCGACCGAAGCUAGACCAAAGCAAGCAUCUGGGCAGCUCUGUCUACCACUCUGAUGUGUUUGCUAUGAUCGGGACCCUCUUCCUCUGGAUGUUCUGGCCCAGUUUCAACUCCGCCAUCUCAGAUCAUGGAGAUGGUCAACACCGGGCGGCCAUAAACACCUACCUUGCUCUGGCGUCCUCUGUACUUACUACAUUUGCCAUAUCCAGCCUUUCUGCCAAGAAGGGAAAACUGGACAUGGUGCAUAUCCAGAAUGCAACACUGGCUGGGGGCGUGGCCAUGGGCACAGCGGCCGAGUUCAUGAUCACACCCUAUGGUUCGCUCAUUGUUGGCUUCUUCUGUGGGAUUCUGUCCACAUUCGGCUACCUGGUGCUCACUCCCUUCAUGGAGAAGUACCUGAAGAUUCAAGACACCUGUGGCAUCCACAACCUGCAUGCCAUGCCCGGGCUCCUCGGAGGAGUUGUAGGUGCCAUCACAGCGGCUGCUGCCAGCGAGAGUGUCUAUGGACAUGAAGGGUUGGUAAACACCUUUGAUUUUAAAGGGAAAUAUGCUAACAGGACACCCGCCACGCAAGGAGGCUUCCAGGCAGCUGGUAUCUGUGUUGCUCUCGUUUUUGGGAUUGUAGGUGGAAUUAUAGUAGGUUGCAUCCUGAGACUGCCAUUCUGGGGAGACCCAUCAGAUGACAACUGCUUUGAUGAUGAGGUGUACUGGGAGGUGCCUGAAGACGAGGAGAGCAUCCCUCCCAUUCUAGAGUACAACUCCCACAUGGUCGGCAAAAAUCCUGGCAUGUCAGAUACUAACUUCUCUGUGGAACAGAGCUAAUAUAAGAAUUAAGGAAUGCACAAAAGAUGAACCUGAUCACAUCAUAUUGGAGGGGGGAAAUUAGACAGAAGGAAUGUUCAGACCAAGUCUGUGCUCAAGAGAAUCUAGUCCCUGUAAUAUCUUUUCGAGGUAUUGGCCUGCAAGGCUACAAGGGUCAGCUCUUAGUUCAAUUUCAAGUCUUUAUGCUUGAGAGUCCUCAAAUUAACUUAAUCACAAUGUUUUAUGAUUUCUAAAACUAAUGCAUAUUUCAUAAUUCACCCGUACAACAAGUUUUAAACUUAAAUUGUAUUAAGUUUCAAUCAUUCUGGAAAAGAAUGAAAUAGUAAUUAUUGUACUCUAUGCAAUAAUGUUCAUGUUUUCUGUGUUAAUGAAUUGACUAGGCUCUUACAAUUUUGAUAUGAUGAAUGUUCAUGUGUUAGUUAUUUAUCUAGUUAUUUUCAAGUGUACAGUGAUGUGAUAUUGUUUCCUUCCUUGUAUGUAGACUGUUAAGGAUUAAAUGAGAAGUCAAUGUCACCAUGUAGAAUGAUAACAUUAAUUUUAUUUCUUUUAAUUUUGUCAUUAUAAAGCUUUAUAUUCUUUGCUAUUUUAAAUAAAGGCCUAAUGUUAAAAAAUAAAAAGGCAAUAUUACAAUCUU